GGACUUGUAUGUUGUUCCUUCAGUCUGAGUGUCUUUGCAUUUGUGUUUUGACAGGUGUGUGUAUGUUGGGUGGGGGUCUGUUAGUUGAGGCCAGGGUCAGAAUAGGUGGAGCCAGAAAUGGCUUUCAGAGAGUAGGGAAGGAAAAGCCUCAGGAAGCAAUGUUUUAUGUAACCACUAGUAUUUCCAUUUUUGUGUUAUUUAACUAAAAACCACCCUGUGAGUUAAGUCACUUGAUCCUCGUGCCAGUCUGGAGAGCUCAGCAGGCAGACUGGGUUGCCACAUCCUCAGAGCUAACAGUGUUUCUAGACUGGCAUGGAAAACCAGCUGACUCACAGUCUAACACAGAGCACUUGCUGACACUAGGGACAGAAAGACAUGACCUGGAAAUUGAUACCACUUCUGCUAUUGGCCUGGAUAGCCACCACAUGCAGUGCCCGGGACAGGACUGACCUGCUCAAUGUCUGUAUGGAUGCCAAACACCACAAGGCAAAGCCAGGUCCUGAGGACAAGCUGCAUAAUCAGUGCACUCCCUGGAGGAGGAAUGCCUGCUGCUCUGUUUACACGAGCCAGGAGCUGCACAAGGACACCUCCCACCUGUAUAACUUUAACUGGGAUCACUGUGGUAAGAUGGAGCCUGCCUGCAAGAGACACUUCAUCCAGGACAACUGUCUAUAUGAGUGCUCACCCAACCUGGGGCCCUGGAUCCAGCAGGUGGACCAGAGCUGGCGCAAAGAGAGGUUCCUGAAUGUGCCUUUAUGCAAAGAGGACUGUCAGAAUUGGUGGGAGGACUGUCGCACAUCCUUCACCUGCAAGAGUAACUGGCACAAGGGCUGGAACUGGACCUCAGGAGUUAAUAAGUGUCCAGUUGGGGCUGUCUGCCGCACAUUUGAGAGCUACUUUCCCACACCAGCUGCCCUUUGUGAAGGUCUCUGGAGUCACUCAUACAAGGUCAGCAACUAUAGCCGAGGGAGUGGCCGCUGCAUCCAGAUGUGGUUUGACCCAGACCAAGGCAACCCUAAUGAGGAGGUGGCUAGGUUCUAUGCUGCAGCCAUGAAUGCUGAGGCCAUGCCCCAUGGAAUGGGUCUUCACCUGCUCAGCCUGGCCCUGAUACUGCCACUCUGGCUCCUCGUCUGAGUCCAGUCUUCCCCAUACCACCCUCUGUCUGCUCCCAGCUUGGAUGACCAGGCUGGGCUCCACUCAGCUUCCACAAAAGAGAUCCCUAAACCUGCUUCCAUCUAUUACCCACUCUUCUGCUACCCAGUUCCUCCUCCAUGAUAGGGCUUUGGGUUCUUCCAACAGUCAGUUCUAAUAAAUUAGUGACAUAUU